CAUGUGCACGGAAGGGAUGCGAGAGAACCUACAGAAGUCAUAAAGAUGGGAGCCUUUUUGUCGGCAAUGAACUCAAGGGCAAACAUGACUGAGAGAAAUGAACAAUAUGAAGCAGUGGAAUCCAUUCGCAAUGACGACUUCUGCUGGUUCAAGGCCAUUUAUAACCGUAACAGUCGAAAUGUGGACAAUGAAAUGUUAGUCAGUCUCAUCUCUCUUAUCAUACAGUAUGGGCGAGUGAAAUUUUUAAAGUUUCUCCUUGAGGAAGAAAACUGUAAUGUACAUAUCAAAGAAAAUGGAAGCAGGGACUCCCUAUUACAUUUGUGUUCAAAUUCUAAAACUACAAAUAAUACAAUUGACUGCUGCAAGAUUUUACUGGCAAACAAGAUUGAUAUCAAUGUGAAAAAUGUUUGGGGGAGAACACCCCUUAUUGGAGCACUGGUAGCUUUCAGGUACAAGUUAGCAAAGGUCCUCAUCAUGCAGAAUGCUGAUGUCAACAUUUGUGACUCCAAUGGGCUUUCCCCUGUAAUUAUUUGCUGCAGCUAUGGAAACUUAGAACUCCUUGAAUUACUAGUCCAAAAUGGUGCCAAUAUCAAUCAAACUAACUCCUCUGGAAAAUCAGCCCUUCAUUAUGCCAUUGUGGGAAAUCACACCGACAUCAUUGAUUUUCUCUUGAAGAAAACUUGCGAAAUCAACACAAUGGACAAAUACGGAAUCACACCGCUACAUGUCGCCAUAUGUAAGUUUAAUGUCAAGGCCACAGAAAGAUUGAUCAUGUGUGGAAAAUCUGUGGAAAAUGAGGCUUUUUCCACUUCUUAUGUGGACUACUGCCUAAAGAUUGUGUGGAGUACAGGAAUACGAUCUAUUACAUUAAAUGAACAAAUUCUUCAACAAGCAAAAAACAGUUUGACUUGCAUGAAGAUGGUAGUGAGAGCCUAUGGAUUCAGAUUAAAACCUACAGUGCUAGAGAAACUCAGGCGAUUGGAAUCUAACUUUCUUGGCCAAGGAAACACCAACUCCCAAGAGUUGAAGAAUCUUUUAUCAGACUUGCGUCAACUGAUCUCAUAUGUUGAAAAAGUGACCCAAGAAAAACGACAAGUCAAUUCUCCAGAUUCCCUUCAGGCAGUUUGUGUUCAUAGAUGCCGUGAACUUUGUUUAAAGGGAAAUACAAAUGUACUUUUUGUGUGCAAUAGAUUAGAACUUCCUCACUAUACAGCAGACAUGCUCACACUGGCUUCAAGUACGUGACUUGUCUAGUUAUCAACCCUAUAAUAUUUACCUUGGCAUAAAAAAUUGGAACAUUAUAAACACAUUCCGCUUUGGCAUAAAUAGUCAGAGAAAAUUUAAAGUGAGUUAAAUAAAUUUGUGAUGUUCUGGUAUGUAUGAUAUUCAGGAUCAUGAAAAUUUCUAUAGCACAGUAUGUCUUGUAUUUAAUAAGUUAUGUUAAGUCUUUCAAAGUACUGAGAAACUACUUAAAUUGUUUCUUCCAAGUAGAAAAUAUUUAUUUGAAGUCAGAAAUUUAGACUCUAAGUCUUGACAAACUUCUCUAUAAAACUCUUCAGAAUUUAUAAGCAUUACCUCCCUUCUCAGUGGUAUGCAUCCCCAUACAUAAAGUGAAAUUAUGUUCAUAGCUCAAACUCAGUAAAAAUUAGGGAAAUUCUCAAAAAAAUUAAACUUAUUUUGUAGCUUUAAUUAAAUAAAUAUACCAAGUUUUAGAUCAUUAUUGUAAAGUCUGAAAAUCUGUAAAUGUUGGGCAAAAUCCUUUGAAACUCAGAUCUUAUUUUGAAUCUUGUAACUAAAAAUUCAUGAGUUUUCUACUUCAAAUUAGAGUGCCUCUGUGAUGUUUCAAGUGAAAUUACUGUUAUGAGUUGAAGAUGUGAGGGAAAAAUAAAAUUGUGGCAAUUUUAUAGUUAAAGAAACUUUCAAUGACAGAUUUAUAAAGAAAUGCAUAAAAAAAAUAAUGAAUUCAAAACACAGAUAUAAUAAAUUUUGAAUUGAGAAUUCUGAAGUAAACAGAAUGGCAGGCAAAGCUUUGUAACAAAAAAUCCAAAAAUAAAUAUUAAUAGUAAACAGGAUAAAAAAUUACAUGUGAAAUGAGAAGAAUGAAUAAAAGCCCAUUUACUUCUUAGUAUCUGUGCUAUGCACUCUCAUAUUUUCUACUAAUUCCAGGUGUAAGACAAAGCAGUUGUUACACUAGGAAUCAACUCAACUCUUAAUCAACUCAAAAUUGACUGUAUUUAUUAUAAUACUUGUAAUUAUAUUACUGUAACAGAUAUUACUACCGUGGUAUAUAUCUUUAAUGUUGUGUAUUGAUGCUGUGUUUUUAAUUUUGAGGGUGUUUUACUUCUUCUUAUACCGGCCUGUUUUAUAUCAAAAGAAACAUAUCUCAGUGCUACUUGAUUGGAAUAAUUAUAAUGAGUUACUUCCCUUGAGUCAGACAAAUACUUUAGUGAAUGUUGUUUUUUGUUGUCUAAGUUGUUGUUAAAUUGUCUUUAAUAUUUUAAAAUAAAGUUUUCUAGAUAAUGUU